UUCUCCGUUGCAUUGAUCCUUCUGAUUCAGAUGGAUGCGCAACUGGCAGUUGCAGCACCUUCUGCUCCUGCGGCCGCUCCAACUCUUUCUGCCAAUGCUCCCGUUACCGCAACACCGGACGUGGCCCCAGCACCUCCGCCUAAGAAGAGCCUCACCUUCACCCCCGUGGCUGCUCCAGCUGCCGGACCAUUGGGCUCUCUUAUCUCCGCUCCUUUGUCUGCUCCUGCCACUGCCCCUGCCCCUGGUCCACUGGCUAACGCAAAGAAUGCUGGAAUGAAGAUGGCAGUCACUUCUGGGUGGACUACUCUUCUUAUUUCUUCCAGCGCUUUGGUGGUAUCUGCUAUGAUCUAGGUGGUGUUAUCUUUUUUUUAUUAGAAAGGAGAAUAAUCGAUUUACAAACACAAUACGCCAGAACUACGACUGGAUCAAACCUCUGGGAAAUUUGAUGUGAGUUAGUCUUGAACACACGAACCUGCACUUUGGUUUGUGUGAUUUAAUUCAAGUUUUUUAAUUCUAGA